AUGAACUCCAGCCACAGCUUCAAUCAGAUCUCCUCGGGCUUCCUCCCUGGCACAGGAGGAAGCUGGAGCCAGCAGAGGUACUUCCCCCGAGCUCCCAGCGUCCACGGUGGCGCAGGAGGAUACCGCAUCUCCCUGUCCUUCGCCAGGCCCAACUGCCUGCCCCCUGGAGGUCCAUGGAGGUCCGGACGAGGUGUUACCCUCCUCAGUGGGAAUGGGAAGGAGACAAUGCAGAAUCUCAAUGACCGCUUGGCCUCCUACCUGGAGAAGGUACGGGCCUUAGAGGAGGCCAAUGUGAAGCUGGAAAGUCACAUCCUGGAGUGGCAUCAGCAGAGGGAUUCCAGCAAGAAGCAAGAUUACUCUCAAUAUGAAGAAAACAUCAGUCACCUUCAGGAGCAGAUAGCUGAUGGUAAAGCAGCCAACGCGCAGAUCAUUCUACUCAUUGACAAUGCCAGGAUGGCAGUGGAUGACUUCAGCCUCAAGUAUGAAAAUGAACACUCAUUCAAGAAAGACUUGGAAGUUGAGGUUGAGGGCCUCCGAAAAACCCUGGACAAUCUGACCAUUGUGACAACAGACCUGGAACAAGAGGUGGAGGGCAUGAGGAAAGAACUCAUCCUCAUGAAGAAGCACCAUGAAGAGGAAAUUGAGAAACAGCAUAUGCCAAAUGACUUCAAGGUCAAUGUGAAGGUGGAUGCACCUCCAGGAGAAGAUCUGACAAAGAUCCUGAAGGAUAUGAGGCAAGAAUAUGAGAUGAUCAUAAAAAAGAAGCAUCAAGAAGUGGACACUUGGUUUAAAGAACAGGCUGCAGCUAUGUCCCAGGAGAUGGCCGCACCAGCAGUUGUCCCAGGCAGCCAAAAUGACAUUCAUGAGCUGAAGCGGACUUUCCAGGCUCUGGAGAUUGACCUGCAUGCACAGCUCAGCAGGAAAUCUGCUUUGGAAAACAUGUUGUCAGAGACCCAGUCUCGGUACUCCUGCCAGCUCCAGGACAUGCAACAGAUCAUCUCCCACUAUGAGGGAGAACUCAGGCAGCUCCGCCAUGACCUGGAGCAUCAGAACUACGAAUACAAGGUCCUCCUAGGCAUCAAAACCCACCUAGAGAAGGAGAUUGCCACCUACCGCCAGCUCCUGGAGGGAGAGAGUGAAGGGAUAAUGGAUGAAUCUAAGUCCAAUAUAAAAGGUUCUACAGUUCCCAAGAUCAAGGCCAUCACACAGGAGAGCGUCAAUGGAAGAAUAGUGAAUGAGAUCCAAAAGUAUGUAUGA